CUUUCCGCGUCAUACCGUGCCCCCCGUCGCAACGUCAGCGCUGUCUCAGCAGCAACCUUCAACAUAAGGGGGAUGAUGGGCUCCUCACUCGAAGCAUCGUCAAAGAUCGAUCUGAAUUGCUGAGUUUUUGUCGGAGGACUUUCCAACUCCGACUAUUAGCUCUAGCUAAAGCCUACCGUUGCAUUACGCUGCACCUACCGUACGACCCAAACCGCAAGGAAGACGGCACCCGCAUCGGGAGCGAAAGGAAGAAAGGAGUUGCUUUGGUUGUCUCAUUCAUCAGAGCUAAGGAAGAAGAACGCUCCUUGAGGGACCACCGUAGUAUACCCAUCCCGUCCACGAUGCAACCCGGAGAGCAAGAGCCCGUGACAAGGCGACCUCAGUAUCACUUCUUCUACGGCAGCACGGAUGAUACUCGCUCGAGCACCAACACUCAGCAAGAGCAAGAGUCUUUGCUACUAGGAGAAUCCUUGGUUCCCACGGAUAAUGAAGAGGAAGCUCCCAACAGUUCGGACUACGACCUGCAGCAUGUCCUGAUAUCCAAUGGACCAAAUGAUGGAGUCCGUCACGUCAUGUCCAAUGGCCACAGCAGCAAUGUACCCAACAACAAUCAUCCCAAAGGAGGCAGCAAUGGACAUCCCUCGUUGGAAGACCCCAAGUCAUCCACCAAUCAACGCUUUCAGUGCUGCAAUCUACUACAGGAACAUCAUCCCACUGUCCAUAUCAUUGGGCUAGUAAUUUGCAUGACAGUCUGUAUGGUCGUAUUUGCCAUUACUCUCUUUCCAGCAGGAUCCCAACGAGCUGCGGAUGCUCUGGGAGGAAGUGGCGACGGACUACGAAAAUUUGUGCAGACUUUCCCCACUGUCGAUCGAUCCAAAACCAACGAUCCUCUGCAUCUCUUUCUUGACAAGGAUCUAUUCCAUCCCAACUUGCUCUAUUCCGGCAGCAGCAACAACAACAACAACAACAAGAAUCCACUGCGUGUCUUUAACUUUGCAUUUCCCACGGGAGCUUUUUGGACCAACCUUGUACUCCCUCCCACGGCUGAUCGAGGCAUUUCCUAUCCCAUUGCCGUCUACCCGUAUGCCUACAAGUGGGCCGACAAUAUGCUCGUGGCGUCCUAUCCGGCCCUUCAUCGAAAGGAAGAACCCAAAGCCAUUCAUGAUUAUUUCAAACCGGAUCUGACGUUUAGUGUCACAGAGAAGGACAUGUCACAACGAUACAUUACCAAUUUUGAUCCACUCAGUGUCACACUGCAGUUCUCCAAUGGAAAGGACGAAAGUUGGUCGACCUAUCUCGUACAGGGAUCACCCUACGUGACGAUUGAAUACGACAAUGUGACACCCACCAUCCGAGCCUUGUCCACUUUCAAAAAUGUCAUUUGUCCCGAUGAAAUUACCGUUGACGAUACCAAUGGUGGCGAAGAAGAGUUUGAUGACAACUUUAACGAUGAUGACGCGGGUGAUGAAGGAUCUUCGAGAAGGACAAGAAGGAGACUGCUAGGAGUAUGUGGAGCUUCGGUCGACAGCACUGACAGUGGUUUGACUGUCCUCCGGGGUGUUCAAUUUGUAUUGCAAUCGCAGGAAGGAGUCAACUGGAUUGCCUUUUCCUCGGAGCCCAUCUCCUUUGUGUACGAUACUAGGAGAAGGACCACCGUAGUGGCAUCGAAAGUAUUCAAAGGAACCAUACGAUUGGCCAUUAUUCCACCUUCCAGCAAAGUUACCGAUUCGAAAGGUACGAUGCAAGUAUCGUCGUCGACAGGAUUGCGACGUUUGGUAUACCAUGCAUCUGUCUAUCCGGUGGGUGCCACUGUGGAUUAUGAUUUUCGAGAUCCAGCCGUGACGACAACCACCACUUCUGUCGGGAAGACCGUCUUGUCUGGGUUGACCGGAGGUGGUAGUGCAUCACGGACCACUAAAACGACUUCCUCGAGUGACCGGGUCGCAGCAGUGCACUUUCAAUUCCAAACCAAAACUGCCAACAGCAAUGCCAACGCUGCUGCUGCCGCCACCGGCAAAACAACGGGUCUGCUGAUGCUAUCGCUGCCGCAUCACGCAACAUCCUUUACUCGAACCCACGUGCUCGAUUCAAAGCAUUUUGACUUGGUGUAUCAGUGCAUCAAGGGUACCAUGACACCGGUAGUGGGAUCGAUAUGGACCUACGAAGAAAAGUUGCUUCCAGUUGGAUUUGAGCCCUUUGCACAAGACGGGACGUCAUCGAUACUAUCCGAAAAAGCAAUUCGCAGACUGUUGGCUGACAAUCUGGAGGACGACCUGAACAUUGCCUUGCCCACAAGAACAGAAAAUAUCUAUGGCUUUGGCAAGCAAAUUGCAAGGCUGGGACAGCUAGCUCAUAUCGCCGACGCGCUGGUGGGCCCGACUGAUAAUGCCAACGACAAUAACAAGACCUCCACGAAUAGCAGCAAAAGCAACACAAACGCUUCCAGUGGCCUGGACGCAAGGUUGCUCAGCAUCAAGAAUUCCGCCAUGGAAAAGCUAUCCAGCUUUUUGGAGCUCCUGUUGACUAAUCAGCUCUCGGAUUCCUUGUUGUACGAUGCUAGCGUUGGAGGUCUGGUGAGCAGUGACGGGCUGGCUGAUUUCAAUGCUGACUUUGGAAACGGUAGAUACAAUGAUCACCACUUCCACUAUGGGUACCUUCUGUUUGCCUGUGCUAUGCUGGGGAAACUAAACGCUACAUUUGUGGAAACCUAUGGGGACCGAGUCGACGCAAUCAUGCACGACGUUGCGCACAACACCAAGAUUGAUGACGGCAGCUUCUUUCCGUUGGCGAGACACAUGUCUUGGUUUGAUGGUCAUUCCUUUGCGUCUGGUUUGUUUCCAUUUGGAAACGGAAAGUCACAAGAGAGUUCCAGUGAGGCUGUCAACUGCUACUACGGCGCCUCGUUGUGGUCUCUGGUCCGCUCUGGUUUUUCCGACAACCCCUCCACGGAUACCUCUGCCAUGACAGAUUUUUCCCGUUUACUGUUGGCCAUGGAAGUUCGCGGAGCCCGGACGUAUUGGCACAUGAUGCCUCCUUCGUCGUCAUCUGGAAGCAGCAGCAGCGGCAGCAACUCUUCGACGGCGGUAACGACGCCGGCUGUCUACAGUCCCGAGUUUGAGCAAAAUUACAUGGUCGGCAACUUGGGUAUGCUGGAUGCGAUCUGUUCUACUUGGUUUGGAACACAAAACCUGUAUGUACAUAUGAUAAACUUCCUUCCCGUGACGCCCAUCACCCGAGAACUGUUCGACAAGGAGUAUGUUGCGAAGGAAUACGCCGACGUCAUCAGCCAGUAUGGACAAGAAGUUGAAAUGGCUUGGAGAGGCUAUGUGGUGUGCGAUCAUGCCCUGGUAUCACCCAUGAAAGCCUGGAAAGAGGCUGUGGAUCUCGUUGCCAAUCGACUGGAUUCGGGGUUGAGCAAAACUCAAGUCCUGUAUUUCAUCCUGACAUCUCCCAGUGGUGUCGAUUUGUCUCAAAUAGACACGGGUGCUGCCUCGGAUGAUGCUUUUGUCGCACCCUCGUCGUCGUCAGGCGGCAACAGCGACCAAAGCUCGAGCGGUGGCAACGAUGACAAUAGUGCUUCGUGUUCCAACCAUCGAGGUUGCGCCGGAUUGACCGGGUUGUGUUGUCCAACGGGUGGAGGAUCAUUCCUGUACUGCUGCAACUCCCGCUAAAACGUUUGGCAUUGAUGAUGGAAGACUUGGCCGGUCGCUUAUUAUUAUGCCAUGGAAAAUGUUGCUCAGUACAAAACUUAUUGCUCUGGCCAAGUCUUUUUGCUUGUAAGAUUUAAUAUUGCUAUACUAGAUGUUCUAACUGUAUGAGGCAACUUCCGCAUCAUCAAUGUUGUC